AGCGAGGCGCGUACGAGCCAUGAGCAAUGGGGGGAGGGUCCGAGUACUAGAACGACAUUGCCACGACAUGACUCAUCUCUGCCACUGCAUCGCUCUUCUUCGAUGCAGCUUCGUCAGGGGCAAACAUCUCAGGACCAUGGCACGGGCUUGGAUUCGAUGCCCGAGCAGUUUCUUUCCCCUAACCCAUAUGCGUACACAGGAUAUGAUGCAUACACCCAAGGUGAGGGAUCUCAGCCGUUUCUCUCCACGCGAGGGAUCCCCAUGCCCGAGGAGACUCGUGUACCAGAUUUAAACCAGCACCAAGUACAAUGGCCAGACAGUAUAGGAGAGGGAUAUGCUCAGGACACACCUGAUGUUAAUUGGGGCGAUGAGAACACCCAACGCGGCGUCAACACAGGCCUCCGAGGAGCAUCACAUGAUCAUGGCGUCAACACAGGCCUCCGGGGAGCAUCACAUGAUCUUGGCGACACGGUUACAUCAUUAGUUACAGAGUUCUUCGGAGGGGAUGUUAUUGGCCCAUAUUUUAUCCCCCCGGAGUCACAACCAUACGCCUACAAUUACGCUUCAGGUUCGCAACAAGGAUUCGCGACUCCACCACCUACGCAGGACUCGCAGACACAUGAAGCCGAAGUGGAGUACGGCCGCGGUCUUCGUGAAAAUGCGUCGGGCGUGAAGAAAGAUGCCGCCUCCUCCGGUGGCGGCCUGGCCCACGCCUCGGCCCGCGCGCAGCUGAGACUGUCGGACGGGAAGCGACAGCGGCAGAGCUCGCCGCCUCACCUAGUGGCGGCCGGGCCCACCGCUCCUGGCCCGUUCCGUCCCAGCUACUGCACUGUGCAAGAACCCGUUGUGCACCGCGCGGCCGCCUCCUGCGGUGGCGGCUGGGCCCGCCGCCUCCUGGCGUGGCGGCAGGUGCCACGUGUCGCCUGCCGCACCCGCCGCCACUAG